GCGUGUGCAGGCUGACGCAGCUCGCGGGCCCACCUCCUGCUCUGCAGCGGCGUCGGCGGAGUUUUGGGCGUUUGGGAGGGGGCGAGGGAGCGAGAGUCGAGAGAGGGAGGCGGCGGCGGCGGCGGCGAGGAGGAGGAGGAGGAGCAGGCGCCGCCAUGGCCGCCGCUAUCACCGACAUGGCCGACCUGGAGGAGCUCUCCCGCCUGAGCCCUCUGCCCCCCGGCAGCCCGGGCCCGGCGGCGCGGGGCCGGACUGAGCCCCUGGAGGAGGAGGAGGAAGAGGAGGAGGAGGAGGAGGAAGAGGAGGCGGAGGCCGAGACGGUGGCGGCGCUGCUGCUGAGCGGCGGCGGUGGGGGCGGCGGGGGCGGCGGCGGAGUGGAGGGCGGCGAGGCGGAGACGAUGUCGGAGCCGAGCCCGGAGAGCGCCAGCCAGGCCGGGGAGGACGAGGACGAGGAGGAGGACGACGAGGAGGAGGAGGACGAGAGCAGCAGCAGCGGCGGGGGCGAGGAGGAGAGCAGCGCCGAGAGCCUGGUGGGCAGCAGCGGCGGGAGCAGCAGCGACGAGACGCGCUCGCUGAGCCCCGGCGCCGCCAGCAGCAGCAGCGGGGAUGGGGACGGCAAGGAGGGCCUGGAGGAGCCCAAGGGACCGCGGGGCAGCCAGGGCGGCGGCGGGGGCGGCAGCAGUAGCAGCAGCGUCGUCUCCAGCGGCGGCGACGAGGGCUACGGGACCGGGGGAGGCGGAAGCAGCGCGACCUCCGGGGGCCGGCGAGGCAGCUUGGAGAUGUCGUCGGAUGGGGAACCCCUGAGCCGCAUGGACUCCGAGGACAGCAUAAGCAGUACUAUAAUGGAUGUAGACAGCACAAUUUCCAGUGGGCGUUCAACUCCAGCAAUGAUGAAUGGACAAGGAAGCACUACUUCUUCAAGCAAAAAUAUUGCCUAUAAUUGUUGUUGGGACCAGUGCCAGGCUUGCUUCAACUCUAGCCCAGAUCUGGCAGAUCACAUCCGUUCCAUACAUGUAGAUGGUCAGCGAGGAGGGGUAUUUGUUUGUUUAUGGAAAGGUUGCAAAGUAUAUAACACUCCAUCAACCAGUCAAAGUUGGUUACAGAGGCAUAUGCUGACACACAGUGGAGAUAAACCUUUCAAGUGUGUUGUUGGUGGCUGCAAUGCCAGCUUUGCUUCUCAGGGAGGGCUAGCUCGCCAUGUACCCACACACUUCAGUCAGCAGAACUCCUCAAAAGUUUCUAGCCAGCCAAAGGCCAAAGAAGAAUCUCCUUCUAAAGCUGGAAUGAACAAAAGGAGAAAAUUAAAGAACAAAAGACGACGCUCAUUACCACGACCACAUGAUUUCUUCGAUGCACAAACACUGGAUGCGAUAAGACAUCGAGCCAUAUGCUUUAACCUCUCAGCUCAUAUAGAAAGUUUAGGGAAGGGACACAGUGUUGUUUUUCAUAGUACUGUAAUAGCUAAGAGAAAAGAGGAUUCUGGAAAGAUAAAACUUUUGCUUCAUUGGAUGCCUGAAGACAUUCUGCCUGAUGUGUGGGUGAAUGAAAGUGAAAGACAUCAGUUAAAAACUAAAGUAGUUCAUUUAUCAAAGCUACCCAAAGAUACUGCCUUGCUUUUGGACCCAAACAUAUACAGAACAAUGCCGCAGAAGAGGUUGAAGAGAACUCUGAUAAGAAAAGUGUUCAAUUUGUAUUUAAGCAAACAGUGAACGACAUUUGCAAUCAACUAAAAAUUCGUCUAUCGAAUUAGGUCUGAAAAUUACUGUUAAAGAGUGUUGCAGUAUGUCUGGUGGCUCCCUUUUCAGGACUAGGGCUUUCUCAUGGAGUACAGUAUGUUAAUAUUUACCUAUAUAACUAAUCUGUUAACGGUUUUUGAAAAACCUCUCUUUAAAAUUAUUUGAAUAAUCCUCAUAUUUUCAUUUAACCUAUAUGACUCUAAUUUUUUUCUGAGGAAAGCAUUUGGUUUUUGAGUUGUUCUUUCUUAAUGUAAGAAAAACUGUAUUUUUUUUAAAAGUUAUCUUCAAACUAAAUCCUUUAUGCACCAAAGUUGGUUUUGAAAAGGAAAAUAAAAUCACUUUCUUGCUCGGUAAGCAAGAAGCCAUAUUGAUUUUUUUUUAACUUACAGAAAUGGAAAUAUGUGUAACUUGUUAGUAUUGUAUUAAACAAAUGUUGCAUAGAGAUAAUAGAACAUUGCUUGUAAAUAAUUCAGCAGAUUUGUAAUAUAUUUUUAUAUUUUCAAAUGUACUGUAGAUGUUUUUCUAGAGGCAUGAAAGUUAAAUGUAUAUAUUAUGGUAGAAAUAAUAUUGAAGGAUAUUGUAAUUCACUAGUGCUGCCAGAGGAAUUGUUAAUAAAGCACCUUCUUUAACAAUAAAUGUCUUUUGCAGACUUAAGGGACUAUGUACUACUGUUAUUAUCUAUAAGAACAAAACACAUUGAACAUCCUUCCAGAAAGUCUUUGAGGGAGGACCUAUACCCAUAAUAGAACUAUGGCACUCAUUUCUGACAGUGACCGGGAAAUCAAUUAUUUCCUUACUGUUGGAAGGACAUAUUGUAAAGUAUGUGGUUAUAUGCAGUCAAACUGCAGAAAAUGCUCCUGAUUGAGGAGUUUUCACUUCACUACAGUGAUAUAAAAACCAGCAGUUUUUACACUAAAUUUUUUAAAGAAAGAAUAGACAAAAAUAUAGAAUUAAAUAAGCCUUUGGUUCCAAAAUGAGAAAGAUUCCAUGGUACAUAAAUCAUUUCUCAUUUGCUUUAAAAAAUUAAAAAAUAAUAAAAACUAUGGGAGUCUUUAUUCAUUAACAGUGGGGGUAAAGAGCUAUAUACAUGAAAUGAGUCAUAUAAAACUAAAUGAAGUGCAAAUAAAAGCACUGCUACUAUAAGACAUUCUGGAAUGGUUGUUUAAUAAGGGUAUUAUCCAUACGAUCUGUAGCAAAUGUGAUUUUAUUUUUAAAAAGAAAAGAAAAGCAGUGUGUUUUCUUACUUUUUUUGUUUUCUUUUGCUUAAGCACUUCAUCAAUUGCUUUAUUCUGUAUCUUGCGAAGUAAUCUGCAAUCUUCUUUGUUCUUUUCAAAUUUUGAUUUGUUAUA